AUGGAUACUAGUACUUCCGUUCUUGUUGAUAACAACGUUUCUCUUGAGAUGGAUUCUUCUGAUACACAACCCCCAAACGGUAGGAAGAGAAAGUCUAUGGUGUGGAAUCACUUCAUCACUAAAACUGAUAGCCCUGGAACUACCAAAGCUUUUUGCAAGCACUGCAACAAGUCCUAUGCCUACAUUACUGGUACCAAGGCUUCAGGCACUAGCCACCUUAAGCGUCACAUUGAAUUGGGUAUUUGUCAGAUGUGCCCAAAGAUCAAUUCGCUCCCACAAAUCAAGGAUGAAACCACCUCCUGCCCUCCCAAGAAACGUCAGAGAUCUACUGCUACUGUCCCUUUAGAUCAAGAUCGCUGCAACCAUGAGAUGGCAAAAAUGAUCAUCAUGCAUGAUUACCCUCUUCAUAUGGUCGAGCAUCCUGGUUUCGCUGGUUUCGUGAAGGCUCUUCGUCCCCAGUUCAGUAUGGCAAACUUCGAUUCCAUUCAUAGUGACUGUCUCAGUAUCUUCUUGUCCCAAAAGCAAAAACUUUCAGACUUGAUUGGAGAGAUUCCUGGGGCAGUUAACCUUACAAUAGACUUGUGGUCAUCAACCCAAUCAAUGGGUUAUGCUUUUGUGACUGGGCACUUUGUUGAUAAAGACUGGAAUUUGACUCACCGUCUUCUAAAUGUUGCCGUUGUUGCUUCUCCUGAUUCUGAUUUUGCCUUAAACCAACCUGUCGCAGCUUGCUUAUCCGACUGGAAACUGGAGGGGAAGAUUUCGAGCCUCACUGUCAGCCAAUCAUUAGUAAAUAAAACCUGUAUUGAUAAUCUCAGAGGUUUCUUGUCUGUUAGGAACCAGCAUGUGUUGAGCGGUCAGUUUUUGAUGGGGAAAAGUUAUGUUCGCCUACUAAGCAGUAUGGCGCAAGAUGCACUUGCAGCUGAGAAUCUUCAAGCACCCAUAAAGAAAGUCCGAGAUAGUAUCAAGUAUGUUAAGACAAACGACACUUGUGGAGACAGAUUUGAUGAACUGAAGAGACAGUUUCCGACCCCUUCUUCUUACAAAGAUCUUCUCAUUGACAACCAAACGAGAUGGGACACAAGUUACAACAUGUUGUUGGCUGCCUAUGAACAUAGACAAUUUUUUACUAGUUUGGAAACCUGCUCCCGAAGAAUAUCGAUAUCUCCCGAAGAAUGGACAAAGAUUGAGAGUCUCUGCUCUUGCUUGAAGGUUCUUUUUGAAGCGAGUACCGUCUUCACUAGGCCAAACCACUUGACAGCUAACGAUUUGUACCAUGAGAUGACCAAUUUUCAGCUAAAGCUGAGCCACGCAGCCAUGGUUGAAGACCCGGAUGUCAGAAACCUUGCAAACUCGUUGAGGGAGAAAUUCGACCUGUACUGGAGAGAAUGUGUCCUAGUUUUGGCGGUUGCUGUGGUCAUGGAUCCUCGGUUCAAGAUGGAGCUUAUUAAGUUCACAUUCAGUAAGUUUUAUGGUGAAGAUGCAGAAAAAUGGGUCAAAGCUGUCAGUGAUGCCUUCCAGGAUCUAUACGUUAACUACAGUGAAAACGACCUGCUGGAUGCUUAUGUGGAUCAUGGCUUUUCUGAAGCAGAGGUGGCUCAAGAACCACACUUCCAUCAAGACAUGCGUCAAGACGCUAAUACAGGGAAUGGCCAAUUAGGAUAUGAGACAAGUUCACAAGUAGAACAAACUACAGAGACACGUCCAGUAACAGAAGAGGAACAGCAACUUGGUGAUGAUUCUCGAGCACAUCCAAUAACAGAGGAAGACAACACAUCACUUACGGUUGAGCAAAUCACAGAGUCACAAGAACAUGAGAGACAGUAUAAAGUAGAGAAGCAGAAUGUGGAAGGGGUAUGGGAGAGAGUGAGUGAAGAGUGCCAGCUAACAGAAGAGGACCAGCAACUUGGUGAUUCUUCUCAAGCACAACCAAUGGCAGAGGAAGAACAUAUGUUUUUUACAGGUGACGUGCUUCUCCAAGAAGGGUCUACUCUCGUUACGAUAGGAGAAUCAUUGUCCGACUUUGACAAUUACAUGUCAGAUAUCAAAACGGAGCUGAAUCAAUACCUCGAUGAAACUUUGAUACCGAGGUCGGAAGACUUUGACGUUCUGAGCUGGUGGAGGCUCAACAGCAACAAUUACCCCGUCCUCUCUAAAAUGGCUGCCGAUCUUCUCUCCAUCCCCUUUAGCACCGUCUCACCUGAUUGCGUAUUCGACACAGAGGUGAAGCAGAUGGACAAUUAUAGGACCUCUCUUCCCCGUGUAACCUUGGAGGCUCUCUUGUGCACCAAGGACUGGCUCAAAAACCAAACAGUAUGA